AUGAGCGAACAGCGCUGGGAUGCGUUACAGGACUAUCGUCUGGAAACGCAACACGCCCAAAACCCGCGCUAUGUGACGCACAUUGUUGAAGACCCGGACCAGCCACCCUCGGCUCCCUCACGAGUUGAGCUCUGGGAGACGUCGAGAUUUCCGAUUGGAGAAGGUGGUCAGGGACGGGUGUAUCUACAAACCUGCGUAAGCGGCGGCAGGCACCAUAAACUACGAGCCUUGAAAACGAUAAAAUGCGAUGGAGACGCUGGAACGAAGCGACAAGUACGAGAACUGGAAACGAUGGUCAAGUUCUCACACAAAAAGUAUUCCAGAUAUUUCGUCCGGAUGCUGGGGUGGUAUAUAUCCGAAAGAAACCUGUGUAUUGCGAUGGAGUACUUCCCCGAAGGUGACCUGCAGUCCUACCUACGUAAUGGAGCGCGCUUGAACGAAGGAGAGACCCGGGAAGUGAUAAGCCAAGUUCUACAAGGGCUGGCUAUAAUGCACAAGUCUGGGCUUGCACAUCGAGAUAUCAAACCACAAAAUAUACUGAUUCAACAAUGCCCGAAACCGAAUGGUCCUGCUUCCUGGUGGGUGAAACUGGCGGAUUUCGGUAUCAGCAAGAGAACGGACUCUGUAUAUACCGCAGUCGGCGGAGCAGUUGGCACUCUCCAGUACAUGGCCCCCGAGCUCGUUGAUAUGUCUUCAGACGUGGAUUAUCAAUCAACGGAUAUGUGGGCAGUGGGUGCCAUGACCAUGUAUAUUUUGACGCGCGUGCGGGAUUUCCGAAAGCGCCGUCUUGAAUGCAAGGAUAUACAAGACGCAAGCAGCAUCCUACCGCAGGGAUACGAAAUGAGUUCAGAUGGGCUGGAUUUAGUUUUCAAACUGACCUUUGAAAGCCCAAGCGAAAGACCAAAAAUCGACGAGAUCAUGGCGCAUCAGUGGGUGAACCAACUCAUACCCAGAUUGGCUAUUCCGGCUGUUCCAUUCACGAACAAUGAUGACUCCGUGCCAUCGUCUCCCGAUAGCUUGUUAGGCAUCGAAGAGGAAAUAACGGACCUGGCAACGAAGCUCACCGAGACGGGCUUUGAGUAUAAACCCAGUCUUGAGACUCCUGGCAAAGGCAAAACCGUCGAAAAAAACACAAAACCUGCUGCGCUAGACUACCUCAUUAUGGCUGAGGAGGGGGACCAUCUCAUCAUGGCCGAGGAGGGGAAGACCAUACAAAGUGAAUUGGAUAGUUCUCUUAUCUCCACAGCCAACAUGGGACAGUGUGACCUGGCCAAACAGUUCUUGGAUAUGGGAGCUGACCUAGAAACUCGAGAUAAGCACCUGGGCACGCCGCUUUACAUCGCAGCAUACCAUGGGCAUACGGAAGUGGUUGAGCUUCUUGUCAGCAGAGGAGCGAAUGUCGCAGCGGCCAAUAUCGAGCGUUGGACCCCUAUCAAUGUGGCGGCCUCCUUGGGGCAUCUGCAAGUUGUGAGACUUCUGUGUGAUGAAGGGGCCAACAUAACCACGCCGAAUCAAGAUGGGUGGACUCCUAUAUAUUCGGCGUCUCGGUAUGGCCAUAUUGACGUGGUGGAGUUUCUCGCUGAUAAAGGGGCUGACAUCGCCAAACGAGACAAUCACGGAAUGCCCCCUCUACUGGCAGCCGCUUGCCACAACUUUGUCAAUAUAGUAGGCUUUUUGUCUGACAGAGGGGCGGAUUUCAUCAGUUCAGAUGAUCAGGGCCAGACUCCUUUGCUUGUGGCAGCUAGCAAUGGAUAUGUUGAGCUUGUGCAACUAUUGAUCGGCAAAGGUGCUGCCACAGUGUCUACUGGGGCUGGUGCAUCGAUACCUCUAUAUGCGGCGGCCCAUUACGGACAUAUCGACGUAGUGGAGCUACUUUGUGAUGCCGGGGCCGAUAUCAAGGUGUGCGAUGAAGCAGGGCAGACUCCUUUCACUGCUGCAGCCUCGAAUGGGCACAAGGAGACGGUCAAGUUGCUCAACCGCGCACAAACAUCGCGCUUGAUCAAGCAUAGCAACUUCCAAACCCUGACUGGCAAAUGCGCCAAGGUGCGCCUGGCGAAUAUACCGCGAAGGUUAAUAUACCACUCCACGUCAUCCAAGUCAUCCACGGAAUACCUUAGCGAUGUGUCGAGGCGUAAAUUGUUCGCCGUGUCUGUAUCAGAAGAGGAGGCUGGCAAAGCAGCAGACCAGAAGUUUUGGGUUCUACACAGCGGCGCAUCAAAGAGUGGUGCUGUGCUCGCGGCUGGAGGCGAGAUCGCGAAGGGAAUUCAGACAACCACACUAGACACCAUAAUCAAUGUUGCAGCCCCCCGAGGAUCAAAGGAGGCGAAGAAGGAGAUACCCUCCACUACGAUCUUACGAGCAGGCCUCACAGAGGAUGGACUGACAGUCAUGUUCCGUUUUACUGUGAAUCACGUCUUCGAGUGGAGACGCAUAGUGAAGGAUGAAGGAGUUCUGGGCAGCCCGAAAGAAUUCAAACUUUAUCGCCUGGAUGAGCCGGGGACAGAUCUGGCAGAUGCUAGAGUUCUCGACAAGGCGAUCAGUGCGGUAGUGAAGAGUGAUCCGUUGGCGUCUUUCCGCAUGGAUGGCGAGCCUGGUGACUCGAAAGCGUUCAAGUUCCAUCUUCUAUCGGAUUUGAGUAGCCGUGAGACUCUGAUGGCUCUGAGCACGUCUUUAUCUAUUAGGAGCCUUGUAAAAAAGGACCGGGCAUCGGUCAAUUAUUUGAGGGCCAUCAUUGGGUACGAUCUGAUUUAG